GCGGCCGCUGAGGAAGCGUGGCCCCUCCGCCGCGCCGUCCGUACCCAUGGCAACAGCGGAGGCACGGCCCGGGCAUGGCGGCCGCGGGCAGCCCCAGCGUGUUCCUGGUGUCGGUGACCGGGCAGAUCGAGAGCGGGCGGUUCCCGGGGUUCGAUGACCUCUACUGCAAGUUCUGCUUCGUCUACGGCCAGGACUGGGUCCCCACCGCGGGCCUGGAGGAGGGCAUCUCCCAGAUCACCUCCACCAGCGACGUCUCUCCCACCACCCUCGUCUGGAACUUCCCCAUCGACAUCACCUUCAAGAGCACCAACCCAUCGGGCUGGCCCCAGAUUGUUGUCAGCGUCUACGGACCCGACUUCUUUGGCCAUGAUGUGGUCAGAGGGUACGGAGCUGUUCACGUCCCCUUCACCCCUGGGAGGCAUACAAGAACCAUCCCUAUGUUUGUUCCAGAGUCCACGUCCAGGCUGCAGCAGUUUACAAGCUGGUUCACAGGGAGACGUCCAGAAUUUACUGACCCCAGAGUGGUAGCACAGGGAGAAGGGAGAGAAGUGACCAGGGUGCGUUCUCAAGGCUUUGUGACCAUCUCCUUCAACGUAGUGACCAAGGACAUGAAGAAGUUGGGCUACGACGUGACCCCGAGCGACAUGCAGGACCCUUCCCUGGGGCCUCUGACAGAGGGGAUGCACAUGUACUGAGCUGGGCCAUGAGGGCUUCAAAGGCUAA